UAUUUGCAGAAUGGGUGACGGACUUAAAAGCAAUUGGGGUAAUACCGUAAUUUAGUCACUCCCAAGUUACUUUCUUUUUCUUCUUCCCAAAUUUAAACCUGUGUGCAUACUUCCACAUUUCCAUUGAUCUCAGUUGCCGAGGGACUGAAGCUACCUUGUUAUCUAAGAAAAAGGAAGGAACUUUUCCAAAAACCCACCAAAGGCCAAAAAACCAUAAUACCCAACGAAUAACGCUUCAUCAAAAUUUCAAAAAUGCAGAGGCUCCUUUCUUUGAAACUAGCCUCAAACCUCCCCAAAAAUCUCCCAAACUCCUCCACUACCUCUUCACUCUUCCACUUCCAACCUCACAAAACGCUUUGUCUCACCAAACCACCCCAAACCCAAACUCAAAGCUACUUCUUUAGCUCCUUUCCUGCACACCCGAUUCGCCAUCUUCCUCAUUCAUGGAGGUUUCAGCACACUCUCACACAAAAAAUCCAUGGGGUUCUCUCCAACCCAUUACUCAAACGGCACUUUUUUUUUGGUUUCCCAAAUACCCUUAUGAGAGUCUCAAGCAAGAGUCUUUCAUCAGAGUUCAAACCUGCUGGUUUUUUCAGAGCCCAAAUUCGCCAACACAUUUUUAAGUUCAACCCAAAUGAGAGUUCCCCCUGGAGAUCAUGGUUCCGAAGGGUAUCAGAGGGUGAGGUGGUUUUGGGAUUGAUUAUAGCUAAUGUUGCCAUGUUUAUGUUGUGGAGGAUUGCAGAUAAUAGCUUCAUGGUGAAGAAUUUUACCAUUUCAUUAGACAAUUUUACAAGUGGACGUUUGCACACAUUGAUAACUUGUGCAUUCAGUCAUAUCGAUGCUGGGCAUGUCACUUCGAACAUGCUUGGACUAUAUGUUUUUGGGAAGCGUAUUGAAAGAAUUUUUGGGCCCGAGUUUUUUUUUAAGCUGUAUCUAGCUGGGGCUGUUGGUGGCUCGGUCUUCUUCUUGGUGCACAAAGCCUACCUGGCUGCGUCAUCGAAGGGCGGACAACCGAUGAAGAUGGACCCAUCAAAGAUACAGGGACUGGGCUCAAGUGGGGCGGUUACCGCGAUCAUGUUGCUUGAUAUAUUCCUCUUCCCAAAAUCUACCAUCUACUUGGAGCUUAUCAUACCAGUUCCUGCCAUGCUGGUGGGGAUCUGUAUAAUUGCGAAAGAUCUCAUGAGGAUAAUACGGGGAGACCAACGUAUCUCAGGAUCUGCACACUUGGGUGGUGCUGCAGUUGCAGCCAUAGCCUGGGCUCGAAUUUGGAGGGGACGUUUCUGAACUCUGUUCCAGCUCUGCAGAUUUCAUACCAACAACACUAGGAAACUAAGAUAGUCCAGCAUGCUAAUUAACUAUCAGUCAGUGCCUUCCAGUUGGUUGUUCUCCUGGUUUAAAUUAGCUUAUCAUCCAUUGAUUUGAUAAAAGACUUCAUAACUGUCCUAAUCCCCAUCUUAAUGUGAAAUUCUGAUGAUUCAAAACCAAACACAUUUCGUUCUUUUGUUGAGGGAACUCUGUGGUAUGUGAGUCAGAACUCAACAAGCUAUUUUGUAGUAGUGGUGACUCUGCGGUAUGUUGUAGAUGUUUGUGAACAGUUGACUGUUGAUUGGUGUGUCUUAUUUUGUAUUCUAUAGCAAGGUCACGCUAAUAUUCUCUGGAAUAAAAGAGAAUGCUAUCUUCUAUGUAUAGCCCUGACAAGUUUCUUUGUGGGCUUCCUUCUCAACCCCAUCUUUGGUUGUACACAAGAAACUUAUCAGAAUUAUAGUACAAGGCCCAUGCGCUAUUGGCCUCAAAUCCCAAAACUCAAACGAUCACUUCUGUUUAUGUCAAAUCGUAAAUCUAAUGUGACAUGUAACGUGUCAAAAAAAAAAAAAAAAAACCAAAUUUGUGUUCCAAACGUAAAUGGAAUAAAAACAAAAUUUUACCUUUGAUUCUUUUAUUUUGCUGAUAGAACGACGUCAGACCUUAUAUAACAAACAAACCCA